GAGCGAGCGCCGCUCCACACAUACACACAGCUACAAUCACGUUUACAACGCUCUAUUGUAUCUAAUUUUUUGGAACAGUGGAUUACUUUUCUGUAUUGAAGCACCACCCGUUCACAUGCAGGCAUGGUCAGGUGGCAGCAUGUCAAAGUGGUGUUGAAGUGUGAGAUGAGCCAUGGAGCUAUACAAGAGGGGAGUCACUAGCCAAGCCACCAGUCACCCAGUCUACAACAGGAGAAGCAGCGGUCACCCGGGAAGGCUCUGGAGCAUGCAGCUGGGCCCUCACUAACACCAAGUGGACCCUGUCCUUUCCUCUACACCUGGGGCCAGGGCUGCAGAAUGCUCAGUCCUGUCACCCCUUACAGUCUGUUGAAGAUGCACUGGUCUCCGGAGCACGCUGCCCCUUUAUCUCAGUGGCCUGAGCAGCACCUAGAUGUCACGUCUACCACCUCGCCACCAUCUGCCCACAAACACGACCCCCACACUACUGCUGCUCGCCGCAGCUAUGGCCCUGCAGGUUAUCCAUGGGCCAGUGAUGACAUAUCAGCCCUUACAGCUUCUUCUCUGCUCAAACGCUAUGCUGAGAAGUAUUCAGGCCUGGACUUAUCCUAUGAGCGCCCUGCAGGGGCCUACUCAGAGACUGGGACUUUUCUAAAAACUGAAUCUGAGCCCUGGGCUUUGGGUCAGGGGAUGGAAUGCUACCCUGGAUUGGAGGCGCUGACUGGCACAAAGGUGGGAUCUCCCUCUGUGGGAAUCCCAGCCACAGGAAGUGUAACAGUAGUGAGCAGUAACUUGGCCUCAGAGCCUGGGUAUAGUGGCACUGGCUCCUGCAAUGCCCCAUCAUCUCAGGAAUACCCUCCUGCCUACAACAGCACCUAUCUGUCCUCAGGAUACUACCCUCAGCCCAGUGCAGCACUUCCACCUGCCCCUCUGCACUCCUUGCAGGCCACACCUACUCUAGUGCCCAGCUACAGUGCCAGCACUCCUGUCUACAACUACUCACCUGGAUGCUACCCUCAAACUAGCCUGUCCUCUGGAUACAACCACCCCAGUGCCUCCUACCUGCCCUCUGGAAUUAGUGCUCCCACUCCUCUGGCCCCUAGGCCUACUAUGGUGGGGGGCAGUUACAGCUACCCAUCCCACAACCUCGGAGGGAGCUCUGAUGCAGGGGUGCCACUGAAACGCAAGGCCUUUGAGAUGACAGAGGAAGGGCAAGAGGGGGCAGAAGUGGAGGGAACACGCUACAGAAAAUAUGGAAAUGGUCAUGGAAACAGUCAUAACAAGGGCAAUGGUAACGGCAAUGGCAAUGGUUAUGAUAUUAGUGGCUCAGCCUCAGACCCCCAGGUCUACAAACCUGGAAAGCCCCUGAUAUCUCCUCCAUAUGUCGGACCCGGAGACUACAGCCCGCCAUCAGGCCUAGCAGGAGAGAAUGUGUCAGGCGAGCACAACUUUCCUCAACAGCAGAGAAUGUCUAUGAAGAUACCUGCAUCCCAUACACAAGCUGAGGACCCCGCCGGUGGGCGCUGAUAACCCCAGUUGGCAUUUGAGAGGAUUCCCUUGCUCCUUAAAACCAACCGGUGUUCUUAAGCUAGACAGAUGUGCAGGAAUAAAAUUGAAUUUGUUUAUGUGAAGUGUAAUCUCCCCAGCAAACACAAGAGGGCACAAGACUCUUUAUUUCUUGUGUACAGUUAACAUUUUUAUCACACAUAUCUUUCCAAAGAUUCACAUGGGCAUUGUGGCCUCAAAGGCUGAGGCAAGUCUUAGGAGUGAGUUUGAGGCAUUCUCUCCAUAGAUAGCAUUAAGACAACCUAAAUGUUUGAGUGUCUGUUUCUCUCAGGAUCCUAUUUAUUCCCUUUCUGCUACUGUGGCAGCGGCACUGCAGUUGCUGUUUUAGAAGUUGGUGUAAUUAUUUGUGGCCGUUAUGUAUGUAAGAAGGCCUGUGACUGCAAUAUGUUAAAAAAAAUCAUUACUGACCAAAAAGUAAAGAGAGCAAUAAGUGAAAUGGUGAGAUUGCCAUGUUUCUCCAGCACAAUCACUGCUACACAGCUGACUGCAAGGCUCAGUGCAUCAUUAGGCCUUGAGAGAUGAAUGUUUCCCUUUUACUUUGUCUCAACCUCUCUUUUUCUCACUCUUUAUCUAACUUCUAUCACAGAGCUCAGCCUUCUCUUUUAAACUGCCAAACAACUUUUGGUUUUGUCCACUUUAUACAUACCAAGCUGCUAAGAUUAUAGGGAAGUGCACAUAAAGCUGCCCUUUACAUUUAAAUUAUUCACAUUUUAAUGUAAAGUAAGAGUAAGGUAAGAUUUUAUCUUCAUGUUUCAAGUGAAAUGUUUCACAUUCAUAGUAUUGCAGUAAACAGAUAUAUUCAGAACAUUCUAAAAGCAUUUGGACAUGAAGAUUUUUUCUUAACUCUUUCUCAGAAGUUUAAGAACGAUCCGAAACCUUGCCCAGCUUAUGCCUUUGUCAUUAAUAUAUAAAAUGCCACAAAGUUGAAAGAAUAUACAAAUCAGUAACAAAACACUCAGAAAUAGGUCUUAUUACUGUUAAAAUUCACUCAGAGCCAUAGCAUAAAGGUGCAUAAAGGCUUUUUAUGAGUGUGGCUUGGAUGUACAGCCCAGGUUUCACUGGAGGAUGUAUGCUUCUGAGUGAGUGCCCAUAAUAGCUUUUGCUCAACAUUAUUUUCUUUAUGAGGAUUUGCUUGCCUAUAUGCCACAAUUGACUUUUUAUGAUAUGCAUUCUCUUUACUUUUGCCUCUCAGAAGGAUGAUUUAUCUUGUGUUAUCGAAUACUCAGGAAGAAUAUUGUUACCUCAGAAUGAUAAAAUAAGAAUGUAUGUAAUGACCUUAGGGUGUUGGUAGAGAGCUUUUAGGAGCAGGAUGAAAAAAACAUCGAGCCACGUCCAAAACUUCAGAAAAACCAUGAACUUACACGACUUUUACUAAUGUAAAAUAAACACAUAAAGAUGAAUAACAUGCAAAUAAUAUCUGCUUGGCUUCUUUGCUCUCUGCAAUUUGAAGUUUUUGUACCAAAGCCCGAAAUGUUGAAUGUAAUUCAGAUUUUUUUUAAAAGGAAAUACAUGCCAUAAUUAACAUAAAGGAUUUUUUUUAGAUAUAUGAAACAUAUUUUCUUCAUGUAUAGAUGUAAUUCUCUUAUAGGUUUUGGUGGGAAAAAAUGAAUGGCAUGUUAAGUGUUAGUGUAGUUUUUUUUUUUUUUUUUUGAGGGUUGGGGUGGGGGGUGGUUUUUCAGACAAACUGUCAAAACGAAGCACUCCUGAUAAAAUAAAAAAAAAAGACAUUUUGACGCAUCAAGAUAUACAUAUAAUGCAGUAUAUCAUCUGUAACAGGAAUAUUUCUUAGAUGUCUUAAUAAAAUAUCCCAUGACAAUGUCAGUGUUUUUAAAUCACCAGUCAGUCACAGAAAUUUGAGAGCAUGCACUGUUAGAAAACAGUCACAACUUUUCAGCUUUUCUCAACAUGUUGUAGCUUAGCAGAUCCACUAUGCCAGCCCCUUCAACAACUGUGCCCACUCGUCUUUUUUUUUCAACGUAAGCCCUUCAGCUGGUGUCUUAAAAUUAAACUCCAAACAGCAUGUCAAGAGAAUAGAUUUCCCUUAAUAGUGAAACUAGGCUAAACUACAGUCUCUAAAAUUCAGUGCAAAGAAAUAGUGAUGUGGAAAAAUUCAACCGUUCCUGAACUCAGUCUUACUCACGUUGUGGUAGUGUGUGAAAUAGACUCUUGAAACAAAUUCCUCAUCAUAUCCUAGUGAAAAAGUAUAUAUGUCUGGCAAAUAAUAAUAUAACCUUGCCCCUGAUUUUCAAGUUUUGAAGCGCUUAGCUACAACAAAUGAAUGCUCUUCAAUGCCACACAAAGAACAGGUUUUACAGUAAACGACAUACCACAGCAAGUAUUUGCUUUUAUAGAGUUCCAAUAAUUCAGUGAAGGAUUUGGAGUCAAAACUGAGCUACGAUGUUAAUUUUGUAAGCCACUUGUACUUUUGUUGUGUCUUAUACAUUCUCUGUAACCAUUUCUACCUCAUGUUGAAGACAUUGUACAUGGAAGUAUUUAUUUCAUGUCAUUUUCACAUGCCAGUUUAAGGAGCAGUGUUUCUAAAGUUUGACCUGUUAUACUCUACCUCACUAAAGACUGUUGUGUCAUGGAAAUGAAGAUAUACCAAAAAAAAAAAAAAAAACAUUGUUGACUUUGUCUUUUUGUGCAUGGGAAUAC